GAGAGGGUGGGCGGUGCCGAGAGUGUCGGUUCGCUCCUGGGAUUUAAAACCUCAGAGACUUGACCGUUAACGGCAGGCUGGACGCGGGGGCGCGCCGUGCGCGUGCGCGAGCUGCCGAACGCUAACCGACACUUGCGGGGUUCGGCUGGCGGCGCGCCGGGACGCGGUGCGACGGGCUCGGCGAGGCAGCUUGUCUCAUCAUAAAUUGCUGGAAGUGGAUUUAAAUUACAGCUUAAAAUUCUGAUUCAUAAUGCAAUGCCAUCUGGAAAACUUAAUCCUUCCUAAUAGUCAUUCUUUGGUUUUUUUUAAACUUGAAUACUAAUGCCAAUCAAGAUAUACUGAAAUAAGGUGGUACAAUAGAAGCUAGCCUAAUUGAAGAAACGUAUCAAUGAUUAUAUUUCACAUUGGAUGUAGAACUUGGAAACAAGAUUUUCUCACUUUAAGCAAUUUGGAUGGCAGAAAAAAGAUGGCCAUACAGUGUAGGGGAAGCAAUGAAGGAACUCAUGGGACCUGAUGGACAAACAUGGGCCAAUAUGGAUCCAGAAGAACGAACUUUAGCAGCUGCUACAGCUUUAACUCAUAUGUGUGCAAGACAAGGUGAGGGAGAUGUCAGGAGAGAAGCCCAAACUACUCAGUAUGAUCCCUACAGCAAAGCCUCAGUAACCCCAGGGAAGCGAACUACUCUUCCUGUGCAACUGCAGUACCCCCAGGUAGAAAGUAAUAACACUUCAGAAACAGGCUCGGAAGCCUCCCAAAGACUAAGAAAGCCAGUAAUGAAGAGAAAAGUACUACGGAGAAAGCCAGAUGGGGAAGUGUUAGUGACAGAUGAGUCAAUUGUCAGUGAAUCAGAAUCUGGUACAGAGAGUGAUCUGUAUCUCUGCGACUUAAGACAAAGGCUGAUGAAUCUGCAGUUCCAAGAAGACCGGGAAUCCCCAAUUGAUAUUUCACAGAAAUUUAAUCUACCACAUGAAUACCAAGGAAAUUCUCAAGAUCAGCUCAUUUGCUAUCUACAAAGAGAAGGAAUGGGCCCUCCAGCUUAUGAACAAGACCUGAUUGUGGCCAGCAGACCCAAGUCCUUUAUUCUCCCCAAACUGGACCAGAUAAGCCGAAACCGGGGCAAGAUAGACCGCGUAGCCCGAUAUUUUGAGUACAAACGCGACUGGGACUCAAUGCGAUUACCUGGUGAAGAUCAAAGGAAGGAAUUACGCUGGGAGGUCCGAGAGCAGAUGCUUUAUAGAGCAGAGCCCCAGUCCAAGCCUCAGCACAUAUAUGUGCCAAACAAUUAUCUAGUACCAACUGAGAAGAAAAGAUCUGCCCUCCGUUGGGGUAUUCGUUGUGACCUUGCAAAUGGUGUCAUGCCCAGGAAGCUUCCCUUUCCUCUUUCUCCUUCAUAAAUUGGUUUGCUUGUCUCUCCUUUCACAGGUCUGUUUGCAGUAGCCUUAAUGUCUCUCUUAAAUGGAAAGAAGUGACUUGAAUAACCCACAGAACAUUACACAGAGUAAGGACUUUACCCAUCAUUGGUCCUUCCUAGCUGUACAUCAUGUUAACAUGCCAAAGUACCACUCUGAAAUUCAGCAAUUAUAGGAUAAAUCAUUCCAGAGAAAGAACAGGCAUAGCCUUUCUAUUUUGUCAGAUUUGUAAGCACCAUUUCUUUAUGCUCUUUGGCCAAUGUGAGCCAAUGUGAACUGCUGUGUUUUAAUAUAUUUAAGUUGCUGGGCAUUAGUCUUAUCUAUUAAAGAAUUUUGGAAAUGCA